UAUCUUGGGUUUAUGAGCUUUGCGGGGCCAAGGCAAAGCUAGCUGCAGGCGGUGCAUUGCCUGCCCUCUGAAUCAGCCGAAGCUCCGUAUCGCGAGCUUUUGGGUGGUUAUCGUGGAAUUAUUGAGGUUUUCGUUGAAUCCGUGUAGUGCGAGAUGGGGCGGCAAGGUGGGAAUCGUGGCCGUGGCGGUGGAGGUCGAGGUCGAGGUCUUGGUGGUGUGGGAGGGAAAGGAGGAGGCCGCGGGAGGGGUCCGAGGUUGGAUUCCAGGUUGCUGAGACAGUUGGACGAUGGACGUAAGGCCAAGGAUGAGGAGGAGGAGGAGGUUUUGAUGGUCAAGGAUUUUUAUGAGUAUGAGGAAGGAGUAGCGGAGGAAGAGACCGGAAAGAACAAGCGGUAUGACAGUGUGGAGCACGUGGAGUACGAGCUGCCUUCCGAUUUCGAGGACGAAGAGAUUGACGAAGAUGCUGCUUUUGGAGAAGAAGAUAUCGGACUGGAAGAAAAUAUCAAAACGAAGAGGAGAGAAGAUAUUUCUCUUGACGAGAGUGAUGUAUCACUUAAUAGUGAUGAGGAGGAUCCUGCAUCUGCAGAGGAAGACGACGAAGAAUCUGGCGACGAAGAUGAAGAGGAUGAAGAGGAUGAGGAGGAAGAGGAGGACGAUGACGAGAAGCAUCAGCAGAUGCUUGAGGCUGUUACCGGAAAACCACACCAGCUUCGGAAUGAUGAUACUGCCACGGAGCGGAAAAGAGAUGUGAGGUCAGAGGCCUUUUCAGAAUCAGAGUUUAACUUGAAUUCUAAUGUUCAUGGAAAUUCUUCAUCCAUUACUGUGGCGGAUCUUUUGGGAGGUCUUGAAGGGGCAUCAGGCCUUGGCGCUCUACGUAAGAACUUGCAGCCGCUGGAAAAUGAAAAUUUGGCUAUCAGUGCUCCUUUACCAAAGGUGAUACAAGAAAGAAUGGAACGCAAAGCAGGUUAUGACAAAAGUAGAGAAGAGGUAACAAAAUGGGAGCCGCUGGUCAAACAGAAUCGUGAAGCCCCAUCAAUAAGAUUUAAUGAAAGGACCACCGUCGCAACGACAACUGUUGCCGGACUGGCAGCUAAGCAUACGCCUGUGACUGAUAUGGAGAGAGAAGUUGCUGCGAUUUUGGAACAAAGUAAUAUGGGGAUUACAAAGGAUAUUGAGGCUGCUGAAGCUCUUGAGCUCAAUAAGCUAAGCGUGGAAGAGGUUAAAGAAAGGCAGCAGCGACUGUCUAAGAUGCGCAGUCUGUUAUUUCAGCAUGAGGCAAAAGCGAAACGUGUUGCAAAGAUUAAGUCUAAGACAUUCCAUCGACUUGACAAAAGCAAGAGGAUGAGAGAUUUCAUGGAGACAGAUGAGGAGGCUGCAAAAGAGGCAGCUUUGAAACAGGAACAAAAGCGAGCUGAGGAGCGCAUGACUUUAAAACACAAAAAUACAUCACGAUGGGCAAAACGGAUUAUUAAAAGGGGCUUGAAGGCUCAUGAGGAUGGUACGCGGGAUGCCAUCAUGGAGCAGCUUCGAGCUCACAGUAUGUUGACGAAGAAGAUUCAGUCUGCCGGCUUCAGCGAUAGCGAGGAAAGCAGCAGCAGUAGCAGCGAAGAAGAGGAAGACGACAAGGAGGGUACCUCAACCACAAAGGGUAAAUCAAGAUUACUUGCCAAGGCGAAGGCAGCUACACUUGAAGCCCUGCAGUUUGACGAUGAGGCAGAAGUCCCCCAGACUGGCCUGUUUGCGCUUCCUUUCAUGGCUCGUGCCAUCGAGAAGAAAAGAAAUGAGGCUCGGGAGGAAGCAUUAGCUAUUCUUGAGCAGCUAGAGCAAGCUGAAGCAGAUGAAGGUGCCGAUGGAGGUGGUGCAGAUCACGAGGAUAGGAGAAAUAAAAUUGAAGAGGCUGGACAUUCUGGUAGGCUUGCGUUUGGAGACCUUGCUGUGUCAUCCAAAGCUGAGAAUGUGAAACGAUCCAAGACGAAGCGUAACAGCGACGACUAUUCAGAUCUAGAACUUGAUAAGGAAGAUAAUGAUGACGACAGCGAUGGAGUUUCAGAAGAAGAUGACACCAAGAAGCGGAGGUUCCAAAUGCAUCCUGCAAAGAAGGCCUUCUCCAAAUCAGAAGCGAAGAGCUCAAUUGAUGAUAAAUCACAGUCAAGUUCCGAUCCCACAAAAUCUAGUAAAGAGUCGAGUUUGCCUGAAGAAUCCAGUAGAAAACGGAAGAAAAGAAACAAGAAAAACAAAGGGCCACAGACGACGGCUUCUGAGAAUUCAGAUCAGGUAGAUUGUACCAAAGAUACAAGUGCUGCUAGUGAGCCUGCCGGUAAACAGAACAAUAAAAAGAAGAAAAAAACUGACUCAACCCAUCCGACAACAGGAAGUGAAUCUCUACAAGGAAAAGACCCGCAAACCAACACUAGUGGAGUUAUUCAGGUUUCGGUAUUUAACAUGAAGACAGGGUUCCAGAGCAGUAUUUCUGCUGCUGCCAAUCCCAGCGCGGCAGCAACUCCUGACAAAGAUACCGAAGUUGGUAAACCGAAGCUUGGACAGGCCACAUCAUUCCUUGACUUAGAUGACGAUGAUGAUGCUCCGACAAACAAUGGACUGGAGCUUCUAGGUAAAGGUACAUCACAACAGGACUUAAUUCGGCAAGCCUUUGCAGGAGACGAUGUGGAAGCGGAUUUUCAAGAUGCUAAGGCCCGGGUUUUGGGCCAGGAAACUGUUCAAGUUGAAGAGAGUAAGACAUUGCCGGGAUGGGGACAGUGGAGCCAUAUUCAGAAGAAGAGAGUACAGUCAAGCUGGAAGGAGGAUCUUGAGAAGAAGAGGAGGGAGGAAGCCAUAAAGAAACGGCAGGAUGCAAAGCUUAAGUUUGUUGUUAUUUCUGAAAAGACGGAUAAGAAAGCCGCCAAGUAUCAUACUUCGACGGUGCCCUUUCCAAUGAAGACGAAAGAGGUGUUUGAGCAAUCAUUGCGAAUGCCAAUCGGUCGAGAGUACAAUGGCGAAAAAGUAUUUCGUGAUAUGAUUCGUCCUGCGGAGCUGAAAUCUGCGGGAGUGAUAAUUGACCCCAUCAAGUUAAAUAAGUCUGCGAAAAGACCAGCCGAUGCUCCCGAGCCACAGAAAGGAAAGAAGCGUCGGGGACGGCCAGAGAAGAAGUGAUUUGCAGUAAAGUCAUGGUAUACUUCAAUUGUAAAUCGUGAUGCAGCACUAGAUCUCAAUUAAGUUGGGAAUAAUGAGUUCCUCUUUAGCAAUGCGCACACUUCAAACGUCCCAUCUUUAGACCGUGCAAUGUGACAUCAAUUUUCAUUAUGAAUUGCCCUAGCCAAUCUACCCUUCAUUCAUUAGGAAAAUGUCAACAAGCCCGCACCGACGAAUAAAAGGAGUGUUGGUGUUAGCGGCAGGUGCAAUUUUAGAUCGCUGGUGUAUGGUACAGUAGGCUUUGCGACCAUUCUCGUGAUUACGAACUCAUAUGUCUGGUCAAUAGAAUCUUCAAGCUAAGGUGUGGAGUGCUAGUCUAAGUCUCACACUACUUAAAAUUAUCACGGAAUUGACCAGUCUGCAGGCCCUAACGUGGUAAAGAAGGGUCUCUUCUUAACAAAAAUCAGGACAUGCAUGGACCUGACGUUCAUCCAUGACAACGCAUCGACAUAUGUCAUCAGCUUUCUGUAUAUUUUAAAAUCUGUAAUCUUCAACUCUCGGAUCAGACGUUA